UCAUAAAUAGGUUAUAAUUUGACACAUUCACAUCAAAAUAAAUAAAAGGAUAAUUUAAUUUUUUAACAAGUAAUGUAACCUGUUAUAAAAUUCGUGCUGUAAGCAAUGUAUACAUUAAUUUAUGGAUUUUAUAAGCAUAUGGUACAAAAAGAUGAAUAUUGUGUGUUAAUUUUAGGCCUGGAUAAUGCUGGAAAAACGACAUAUUUAGAAGCUGCAAAAACAAAAUUAACCAAAAACUAUAAAGCGAUUCAUCAUAGUAAAAUAACAACUACUGUUGGAUUGAAUAUUGGUAAAGUAGAUGUAGGGGGAAUUCGAUUAAAUUUUUGGGACUUAGGUGGCCAAAACGAAUUACAGUCCCUUUGGGAUAAGUAUUAUGAAGAAUCUCAUGCCAUCAUAUAUAUAGUUGAUUCUUCAGAUAGAGAAAGAAUAAAUGAAUCCAAAGAAAUAUUUGAUAAAAUGAUAGCGAGUGAAUCCUUAGGAGGUAUUCCUCUAUUAGUAUUGGCAAAUAAACAAGACAUACCUGAAUGUAUGGGCGUAAGAGAAGUUAAACCAAUUUUCAAUAAAAAUGCACAUCUUAUUGGUAAAAGAGAUUGCAUGGUCAUGCCAGUUUCAGCAUUGACAGGUGAUGGUGUGGAUGAAGGAAUACGAUGGUUAGUAGAUUGCAUUAAAAGGAAUUCUUAUUUGAGACCUCCAAGAAAUCAAGAAGAAAUGUAAUAUAUAUGUAUUAGUAUUAUAAUAAAUUUUUUAAUACA